AGUCACCGGAAGUCGUUUAAUUUUAUUUUGAUAUAAUUAACGCUUUUGGAGAUUUUCAACGGCAAUCCAUACAGGUGCGCCUGGACAUUUUCGCGUAAUUUGCGGGCGGCAUGAAAUGCGUGUUUACUAUGUGAAUGCACGUUAUUUGGCGUUCCAGGCAGAAAUGCGCGUGGACAGCGGAAUGGCUCCGCACCUCACACACUGAAAACCGUGCAACUGGGACAUGCAUUCACUUUAACACAGCGGACCAACAAGCUGGUGUAGUCUGUGUAGCAGAUUCACGGGGAAUAAAACGACGUCUUGGUUUCCCUGCAAUAACAUUGAAUUACUGGAGCUGCGGGAGGUGGCUCUGACGGAAGAUUUUAGUUUAAAGGAUAAGGGAAAACAUACAAAAUCAGAUGUGAGAAGACAGGUGCGUUUCGCGAUUUGCACUCGUUUUUUUUUUCUUUUUGCAGUCUGAUUUUCGGCCGGAGCCUGUCAAAUGCAGCCUCUACCUGACAGAUGUGUGGCACCACAACUGCAGCCUACAGAGAGCGUCUCUUGUCUAUCUGCUGCUGAUCUGCUGUGGUCGGCUGUGGAGGACUGAGACUGCCACAGCUGCAAAUCUCAUCAUCAUCAUCCUCAACGUCUGCCACUUCAAACACGACAGGACACAAGAGGACAGAGGCUGCUUUUGGCUAAUCAAAGAGCCAGCGGUCACAAAGCACCUGUGGACGAUGACUCCAGCAGAGCUGCAUGCAUGAAAGCAGCAUGAGAUAACUGAGGAGUACCACACUAAACGCUGAUUGAAGCUUUUUCUGUUUGGCGCUGAUGAAAAUGUUCCAGCUGACUGACAGGGUUGCAGUGCUGUUCUAGCCCGGGACAUAGCCAGCAGCUGAAGCACAGACACCACAGAGGAGAUGGCUCGUCCAGGAUCAGGGUUGCUGGUGCCUGUCAAUGGGCUGGGGUACCCCCCUCAGAACCUGGCCAGGGUGGUGGUCUGGGAGUGGCUGAACGAACAUGGACGCUGGAGGCCCUACAGUGCUGCGGUUUGCCACCAUAUCGAGAAUGUACUGAAGGGGGAUGCCCGGGGUACUGUGGUUCUGGGGCAGGUGGAUGCCCAGCUCUCUCCUUACAUCAUCGACCUGCAGUCCAUGCACCAGUUUCGACAGGACACGGGCACCAUGAGGCCAGUGCAGAGGAACUUCUAUGAGCCGUCGUCCGCCCCGGGGAAAGGUGUGGUGUGGGAGUGGGAGAACGACAAUGGCUCGUGGACGCCGUAUGACAUGGAGAUCUGCGUGACCAUCCAGAACGCCUACGAGAAGCAGCACCCCUGGCUCGACCUGACUUCUCUGGGCUUCUGCUACCUCAUUGACUUCAACAGCAUGUGUCAGACAAACAGGCAGAGCCAGCGCAAGCGACGCCUCCGAAGACGCAUGGACCUGGCCUACCCGCUCAUCAUGGGCUCCAUCCCCAAGUCGCAGUCGUGGCCCGUGGGAGCCAGCUCUGGCCAGCCUUGCUCCUGCCAGCAGUGCAUCCUGGUCAACAGCACGAGGGCCGCCUCUAAUGCUAUCCUGGCCUCGCAGCGGCGUAAGCUCUACGGAGGGACAGCGGGCAACCCGGGCGCCACAGGAACCCUCUCUGUAGUGCGACAGAGCAACACCUUUGCUGGAACCUCCCUCUGGUCUCCGACAUCCGCCUCCUCCGGCCCCAACAACAAUAACAUUAGUAUGGGAGGUGGGCAAGCCAAAGCUGAACAGGUGCAGUUGCCUCUGUCCUCUGCCAACUUCCCAUGUUCCCCCGUGAUGCCAUCUCUUUCAUCCGCCCAUGGCCACCACGCUCUCACCAUCAACGGACAGAACAACCUGAACCGGCCGGGCACGCAGCGCAUUUCCAUGGGCACUGCCAGAGGAGCCAUCCCACCAGGGGUUCCUGCCCUCCCAGUAAAGAAUCUAACUGGAUCUGGACCAGUGCACCCAGCACUAGCAGGUAUGACAGGUAUCCUGAUGUGCGCUGCAGGUCUGCCGGUUUGUCUGACUCGAGCCCCCAAGCCCAUACUGCACCCACCACCCAUCAACAAGAGCGACAUGAAGCCUGUGCCAGGGAUCAACGGCAUGCGCCGCAAAACCAAGAAAAAGCACCUGAGGAGAGGCAAAAACCCUGAGGACGUGGUGCGAAGAUACACAGAGAAGAUUAAAGUGGUGCCAGAUGAGGACUGUACCAUCUGCAUGGAGAGGCUGGUCAUGUCGUCAGGCUAUGAAGGCGUCCUGCAGCACAAAGGCAUCAAGCCAGAGCUGGUGGGCAAACUUGGCAAGUGUGGGCACAUGUACCAUCUGCUGUGCCUGGUGGCCAUGUACAACAAUGGCAAUAAGGAUGGCAGUCUUCAGUGUCCAACAUGCAAAACCAUUUAUGGAGAGAAAACAGGCACCCAGCCUCCUGGGAAGAUGGAGUACCACGUCAUCCCCCACUGCCUGCCCGGGUACUCAGACUCCAAGACCAUCCGCAUUGUCUACGACAUUCCUGCCGGGAUCCAGACCAAUGAGCACCCCAGCCCCGGGAAGAAGUUCAGUGCAAGAGGGUUCCCUCGACACUGCUACCUCCCUGACAACGAGAAAGGCAGGAAGGUCCUGAAACUGCUGAUCAUGGCCUGGGACCGACGCCUCAUCUUCACCAUCGGCACGUCCAGCACUACGGGUGAGUCUGACACAGUGGUGUGGAACGAGAUUCACCACAAGACAGAAUUUGGCUCCAACCUGACUGGCCACGGCUACCCUGACCCCAACUACCUGGACAACGUCCUGACAGAGCUGUCAGCCCAGGGGGUAGGCGAGGACAACCUGAAGGACUGAUGUCCAGCUGAGCUGGUACACAGGAACACAACCCACCAUGCCCUGCUGUCUCUCAGAGAACAGGACGCUGCAUGACGGGCCAACAAGAAGCCGACAACUCUUUACUCCCCACAAACAAAAGUACCCCGCAGAAGUGGUGGCACAAGAGCAACAGAAGCAAAAUAAAUGACGUGGUUAUGGUCAAUAUUUUGGUUUAUAAAACCUAAGAUUUCCCCCCUGCUGUCUCUAAAUACAUGCCUUGAGCAUGUUGUGUUCAUGCCAGAUUUACUCAGAGGGUUGAAGAAUGUGAAGACAAGGUGAGAUUUCCAUCUUGAUAUGGUAUUUAAGUCCUUUCAGAUUUAAACUGAAGCUGUUCAAGGCAUAUUUGUAAAAUGCUCAACUCCAGAAUGCAUGGCCCAGACUAACGCUUCAUAAUUAAGGUUGGCUAAAUAUCAAUAGCAAUAGGGUGAGAUGUCAAUAGACCGGUUGUUGCGUGAUAUUGUGAAGAGAAUUUUAAGAGAAUAUCAGCACUCUGGAUUAAUCUAAAUGAGUUGAUUAUUUACAUCCCUUUUUUUCUCAAAUAAUUAAUUGUCCUGUAACAAGUGGUGACAUUUGGUUUUGUGAUGUGAAGGAGAGGAUUUGGGGACGUGACUGUAAAGUUGCACGGGGCAUCUGUGACAUUUUUCUGGUACCUGAGGUCAGUUGUUCUGUAAAAUGGAAGUGUGCUCUGUUGUGCAUGAAGUCGAUUCCAGAGAGAUACAGGCUAUGAAAUAUUAGUGUUUGGUAAUAAACGUAUGUUGUAUGGUUAACCUUGUGGACCGUAAAGGAGGCAAUGUGAAAUAGAUGAAACAGGCAUCUUACCAGUCAGUUUGAUGCUUGUUACGAGGCGUUGUAACUUGACAGGCUGAGGUUGUGAAGCGGGAUUUGCUACGCUCCAAGGUUAAACUCAUUUGUUUUGUUGACACACUGAUGACGCUGACCUCUGUGAAUAUAAAGACUGCAUUAUUUUUCUCCCUGUUGGAGGCAAACCCAGGCGUCGGCACGAUCCAUCAUGCUGACCAUACAUGAGGGGCGAGUGUGUGAUUGCGUGCUCUGCAGCAAUAAUAUGCUGGCUUGAGGUCCUUGAGGGGAAAACCUGAACACGCUCCUCGCACAAGGACACUCCUCUUUCAACAGUUCUCCCUUGGAGAUCCAUCUUGGGUUCGCCUGCAAUCCACAAGUCUCUUGUGAGCUUGUUUGCUGCUGGGCAGUGCACUGGGCUCCACUGCUUGAACAGCGAGCAGUGAAACAUCUUAUUCCCUGUGUGCGCUCAGAGUUGUAAGGGACGAUUCUGAUGUAUGGCCCUGCCCUCAAUCUCCUCCUCAGCAGCAGCAGUUAAUUUGAGGAACCAUGAAAGUGUUGGUCUGGUAUGUUGUUCGCUGGGAACUAUUUUCUUCCUACGCUCCUCUCUCCCUCUCAGACUUUAUGCCUGUGAGGUAAAGACUUUGUGAUGGUCCUUGCUGGAGAUCUUGUGCUGUUUCUUUAGAGAUAAAAGAUAACCCAGUGCUGCAUUAAUCUCCAUAAAUAUAUCUGAUCAAUUUUAAUGAGCGGGGGUGUUGAUAUAAGGUUUAUCGCGUGGGCACCCAGCUGUGAGCUUCAUUUUGGAGUGAAUCAUAGUCUUCCAUAGAACUUUGAGGCAACAGUAUUGUUUAAUCAGUCGUUUAAUUUUUAGGAAAACGUCUUAAAUUGCGACUAAAUCUGUCUUUUUUUUUUAUAAUUUGUUGUUUAUAAAGCGGCUUGCGAUGCUUUGAGAAAAUAUAUAUGAUAUACAUUUGCAGAUGUGAAAUACCUUUAAAUUCAAGCUCAAUUUGAGUCAAUGGUGUAAGUUUAAUUUAUUUUUAUACUCUUAUAUAUAGAAAAUAUAAAGAUACAGACUGGCCCACAUAUCUAUACACAGGCACAUGUUAACAUGAAUACAUAAAAUCUGGCAAAGAUUAAUUUGUCAGUAUGUCAGGGACUGUUGAAAUAUGUACGACAUGUUAUGGACGUCUUAUAUUACAAGUAGUCUUAGCGUAUGCUGCUGUCGUUACCUUAAUGUAGAAUCUGUGUAGUUGACCCCCUGGGGGACUCCAAUAAAUACAGUAAAUGUGUCUUUAUUAUUGGUGGGGGAGCUUUAGCAGCAUGACGAUGUCCCUUCCCCCCAAACGGGCCAUUUCUGUUUUUGUACUUGUCCAGAAUGUGGGAAUGGAUGUAGUCAGCGAUCUUUGUUUAGUUCGAAGGUGAAAACGGCACACCUGGGUUAAUUAGAAAUUACAAAUAAUUCUUGGUGUUUGUUUUAGCUAACUGGAGCAAUAGUUUGGUGCGAUUGACCAGUCAGUUGAUAGUCUAAGUGCACUGAUCAACAUUUUUAUAAAUGCCCUGAAAACCAGUUGUCUCAAUCAUCUUACACCAAUACACAAUACAAUUUAACCCCCUACUUUCUGGCGCCUGCUCUGGCUAAAACAGACCACAGAAGUAUUUGUGAUUUUGACCCAGGUGCUGAAAACAAUUGUAAUUUGGCCUGUUCCAUCUUUAGUUUUCUCCUUCACAACGUUUUUGACUCCCUUUAUAAUAUGGGACAGCAAGAGAGAAUGCUUCCAACCUAUCAGGGAAUUUUUUCCAUGUUAAGUGGAUUUUCAUUAACCAGAGAAAUCCAAAUGUUUGCUUCUUUGACUUUUCCUUUCCAUUUGUCGGCCUUGUAGUGUGAACGAUUGCAGGCCCUUUAGACUUUUCAGGUGUGUACAGACUUAUAAUGAUGAAUAAAACCUGGUUUGGUAGGCUUUUUGUCUGAUUAAAAAAGAGAGAAAGAGAUGGUGUUUAUGCAAUUUACUAUUUUUAAGAUCUAAUACAUGAUUUAUGUGUAGCAAGAAGGCAGAUUUUUUUUUUUUUUUUUUUUUAAUGACAAUGGAUGUUUUCUGUGUGGGGUGCCUACCUCCAGGAUUCUAAAUAAAAGGGGUCGCGAUCUGAAGAUGUUCACAUGCUAUGUAUUAGAAAACAUAUAUUUUUGAUGUCUUUUUUUGAAUGAUGAUUGUCUACAAGAACUAUUACAUAACAUUGCUGUAUAACUCUUAUUAAGAUUCAUUCCAUACUAUUUUCCAUUUGAUUAGAAGUGGGAUGAAGUCACUUAAAUCCCAACAUAUGAAGUAUUUAAAGUUGUACUCUCUAAUGGUGUCAACUGCAAACUGUACUUCUCUCUCUAAAUGAUACCUUAACAUUUAUACAUAUACUGUGUGUUUCUAUCUGUUUGUCUGUGCGAGUGUGUGUGAAUGUGUGUCGAAACAAAUCUUAGGUUCAUGUCCUUUAAAGACACAGUAAUGUUCUCCUAGAGGUGCAUGUUAACCAAACUAUGAGUGAGUUUGUCAACAACGACAUAGCUUUCUUGCGUAUGAAAACAUCAUAGCUUCUUUAGAGAUAUCACCCAGGUCUCCUGGUGAUUUAGCACUGUGGUUUUGCAUCUUACUCCAGUUAGUUAGAAAGUUUUUUUUUUUCCUCUGUCAAAUUUGAUUUAUACAAAUGGGGACGAGGCAGCGUUUGGCUGCUCUCCUCACUCUUUUUGACAACAUGUAAAACAUCAGAAUGUUUUGCAUUUGAAGUGCCCAUUUUAAUUGACAUUUAAAAAUCAUGAUUUCUGUGGUUUGAUUUCUCUUAAGCCGUGUCUACAUAUUGCUAUUUAAAAUGGUUCACAAAGAGAAACUAAAAGCAAGACAUAGAGACAUUGAUUAAACUAUAAAGGGCUUCUUAAUCUAUUGGUCUUUAUUGAAUUGUGAUGACCUUGUUGCAUGUUUGUGUGUUUCUUGUGGAAAAAUAAAUGUGCCCUGGACAGGGGUAGUUUGUUUGA